AUGGCUUUAACAGUUUUUUUAUUUAAAGUUGCUAAUCUUGAAAUAGGAAACGCUAAACCUGAUGUAUUGGAUGAAAAUCAAGAACAAUCAACACCAUUAAUUAUUGAUGAUAAUUUAACAUUACUUUGUGCUAAAGUUAUAUUUCGAGGAAUUCAUCUUUGGUCAAACAAUGUUCCGAUACAAAAUGGAACAGCAAAUUUUAUCGCACGUGGAAAUAAACCAAAAAAAUUUCAUUUUAAUUUAGCAACUAUGUUAUUGCCUGAUGACAAAAUACGUAUGGAAUUUUAUACAAUAAUAGCGAAAAAAAAUCGUAAAAAAAUUAUUGCAACUUUCGAAAUAAUGCUUGAGUCAUUAAUGAAUACAAAACAUAUUGACUUACGUGAAGAAAAUUUAUCGGAUCCAAAUAAUUAUUUAAUGAAAUCAACUGUACAACUUAAACUUUUUUAUACACCACCAAGUAUUGAUAAAAAAAGAGAUUUAUUAGCUCGACUUGAUGAAACAACUGACACUAUCAAUUGGAUGGAUCAAUUUGAUGAUGGCGGUCGACAUGGUGGUCAUCGACGUCGAUAUAUUAAUUCAAAACAUAAUACUAGAUUUAAUAAACUUCGUGUGAAAUUCGUCGGUCGCACAGAUGAUGCUGAUUCAGAUUCAUUUAGUGAUUCUGAAUUUGGUGGCAAUACAAAUUCUACUGAAAAUUUAUUGGCGAUGACUCGAGAAGAAAAAUUGAAGGUUCAAUACAAUGAACUUGAAUUACUCGAAAAAAGUUUGGGACGAUAUGAAGGUGAUGAAUAUCAAAUGACUCAAUGGCAAAUUAUGGUUAAUAUUAUACAAGGACGAGAUUUUGCUGGACUUGAUAUUAAUCCAUAUGUAUGCGUUCAAAUCGGUGAUCAAAAACGAUAUACAGGAGUACAUAAAUGUAAUAAUUCACCAUUCUUUGGAGAAUUCUUCACAUUUGAUUUUACACUACCGGCUACACAAAUGAUGGAAAAAGUUAUUUAUUUUCGAGUUCAUCAUGCAAAGAAAAUAAUUAGUACAUUUACCGAUACAAAACCAAUUGGUAUAUUUAAAGUUGAUGUUGCAACGGUUUAUAAUGAAAAAGAGCAUGCAUUUGAACGAAAAUGGGCUAAAUUAAUUAAUCCAGAUUCUAUUAAAGCAUCAUGUGGUUAUUUACUUGUUUCAGUUGCAAUUGCACAAAGUGGUGCUACAGCAAAAAAUAUACUUGGCGAAGCUGCAGAAGAUGAUGAUGAAUUAAAGCCUUCGUAA